AUGAAUUCUACAGCAGAUUUUUCUGAAUUAAGGAAGAACAUAGUACAGAAUGAUCUGUUUCUAAGAAGCACACAGAGUGCUGCCAAGAAGAAACCUAAUAUUCCAAAGAAAAUUAUUCCAUUAGUUCCUUUAAAUUUUGAUGAGAUUAAAAGGGAAAUUGCCGAAGCUGAAGAGCUUGAUAAGUUAAAUUCAGGAAUAGAAGAGAGUAAACGCCGUGAGGGGUUUUCUACUAUUGAUAAUAUUUUCCACAGAAGUAAGAAACAUGAUAUAAUCCCUAAUGCUGGACAAAGACUAGAUUCUUCUGAUGGUUUUAAAAAACUUCAAAAUAUCAAAGAAUCUGAAACAGAGGAGAAUACCCCACAUCACAAGGAAAAUGUUGAACCUGAGCAACCUAGAAAGGUGUUUACAACAGCUAAAGAUAAUGAUAGCUUUGAUUUAGACUUUAGUGCUUUAUCUUUGCACACUCCAAUGAAGAAGCAAAUGAUACAAGAAACACCUGAUCACAAAAUUGUGAAAUGUAAUCAGUUGGUUCCAACUUUUAACAAUUUUACUACACCAACAGUAAAAAGCAUUCCUUCAAAAUUCACUGUAGUGUUUCAGGUAGUGCAACAUUAG